UGGCCGAACCAGCUGAGCAGCCCGCAGAAGAGAGAAUACCUCAGCCACCAUGCUGCGGAGGGCGGUCGCCGUGGAGGCGCGGCGGCGCAUCUCCCUCGCCCCGGCGAGACUCGCGCACGAGCUCGCGCAGCCUCAGGCCCAGUCGGCAGGCUCCGAUAGGCGCGGCUUUGAGCCGUCGUGGGUCCCGCUGUACAAGAGGAUCUCGAAGGUGUCCCACGGCAGACCGCCGGGGAUAGUGGCGGCGGAGAUGGACGAAUGGCUCCGCCAGAGGCUCCUGCUCUCGCAGCAGCAGAUCCUCGCGUACGUCCGCGAACUAACCAGGUUUAAGAAGAACGAGGGCGCGCUCGAGUUGCUGGACUGGAUUGAAGCUCGUGGAGCAAACUUGACUCCUGGCCAUCAGGCAGUGCGGCUUGACCUCAUUUCAAAAGUACAUGGGAUACAGGCAGCUGAAGAAUAUUUCUGGAGCCUACCAGAUAUAUCUAAGUCAUUGAAAACUUAUUCCUGUUUGCUUAACUGCUAUGGUAACCACGGGUUGGCAUACAAAGGUCUGGAGCUCUAUGAGAAGAUGAAAGCCAAAAAAAUUGUUCCAGAUAAACUGGUGUACAACCGCUUGAUGAAAUUGUACCAAAAGGCAGGCCAGCCAGAGAAAGUUCUCUCCACAUUUGAACAAAUGCGAGAAAGUGGUAUAAGUGCUGAUAAGUUUACAUACUUCACCUUGAUAGAAAGCUAUAUCACAAUGAAUGACCUGGACGCUGCGGAGAAGGUCCUGGAAGAAUUGCAGAAGGUGGCUCCAGUUCACUGGUCCUUGUACACUCUGAUGGCAAACAAUUACAUUAAACUAGAGCUGUUUGGCAAGGCAGAAGUUGCCCUAAAGAAUGUUGAGGAAGUUAUGGAUAAGGCUGAGUUGCACCCCUGGGUCACCCUCCUCUCCUUGCAUGCCCAUUGUGGCAAUUCAACCGAGGUGAAGAGGAUCUGGGAGUCGUUGAAGUCCACAUUCAAGAAAUGCUUGAACAGAAGCUAUCUUGUGAUGCUUCAAGCUCUGCGUAUGCUUGAUGACUUUGAGUCUUUGCAGCAAAUCUUCCAGGAGUGGCAAUCGAGCCAUGAACGUUAUGACAUGAGGAUAAUAAAUAUUAUGAUCAAAGCUUACCUUGAUAAGGGUAUGAUAGACAAAGCUGAAGCUAUCCGUCAGAGCACAAUGGCUCAGGGCCGUUACGACGAGGGGACAGUUUGCAUAUUUGCAGAGUUCUAUUUGGAUAAAUCUGAUGUUAAUGCGGCACUGGAGAUCUUGGGAGAUGCAAAGAACAUGGUGACGGCGCACAAAUGGGUCCCAUCGAAAGAGCUUGUGAGCAGAUUUCUGAAGCACUAUGAAGAGUCAAAGGAUGUUGCUGGUGUGGAGUCUUUCCUCGAGUGCCUGAAGAGUCUUGAAUGCCUUGAUGCGGAAACUUAUGAUGCCGUAAUGCAGACCUAUGUACUUGCAGGUAGAACCUGAGACGACGAAAUUGCUGAAAAGUGCCUCCGGCAGUUGAAGUAGAAAGAGGAAAAUCUUGUUUGUAGAAUUAGAGGCUACCGUAGACCUUUUUCUAGAGCAGUACUAUAACUUGUCGAAGAUGUCAUCAUCUUGUAAAAGCCUGGGAGAAGCAUCUCGUGUACAUGAUGAAAUGGAUGAACUUUGCCACCCUUUUC